GUUUGAACGUGUUCAGACCGGUGAUUUUUGGAAGUUGCCUUUGGAACCUACCAAGGCCCUACUCAUUCAUAUCUAUUUUCUUACAUUUCCAAAUUCGUCAAAGCAUUCCAGCAUAGAGAUCUCGACGGUCCCUAUCGAUUCUCGAACCGUUGCGCACAACUUCACGCAAUGUCCGAUACGGGGCACUGUUCCGCGAAUAACCUCGCAGCGUCAAGGGAUCGCAACUUGUACAGGUUGGAACUUGGAUUUAACAUCGAGUGCGAGAAUACCGCGCCGAUACUGCUAUCGGAGGCGAGGAGAACAUAUCUUCUUUGACGGCUGUGAAGAGGAAGUGCGCGGCUACUGUCGAGACGCGCGGUAGCGGUUCACAUCACUGCCCUGGGUCAAUCCCAGGACCCGGGAACGCGCAACGGUGCAGCUGGCGCGAGCGAUGACAGGACCCAACUUGACUUAAGUUGAGAUCCGUUCGUGUCUCGCAUACGCAGGCUCUGUCGAGUGAUCUCGACGAGUCAAAUGGAGAACCACGAAAGCGAGCAGUUCGUGACGUUCCCGCUCGGCGACGUGCACGAUGCCAUACAGGAGAAUAUGAUCUCCCAUGAGGAGAUCUGCGAGCCCGGCGUCGAGGAGUGCGUGCUGCAGGAGGAGCUCGCGGAAGUCCCCGUCAGCAAUGCCGAGAUCACGGAGUCGCAGGGUGAAAUGCUCGCAGAGCAGUCGGACGAAGAGGACGAUAAUCACGUGGUGUACCCGAUGUACAUCAAACAGGAGGAGCAGCAGCAGUACACGUCGGGUGAUGACGAGUCCAUGGCAGUGGAGGCGUUGCGCCAAUUGGGUGGUAUGUACCCCUGCUUCGAGGACAAGAAGGUCAGUUGUCCCAGCUGCAAGAAUUCCUUCAGUAGGGACGAGAUGGCCAAGCAUCAGUCCACCUGCGGCGCAUCCAAGCUGGCCUGCACCACCUGUGGUGAGAGAUUUGAGAGGAAGAUUGACUUGAGCAAUCAUAUGGUGUGCCAUCAGGUAGACCGUCCUCAUGCAUGCAGAACGUGUGGUAAUCUCUUCCGUUCCAAGAGCAGUCUACAGUCGCACGUGCAGCAGGUGCACCAGGUGGAACGGCCGCACAAGUGCACUAUCUGCGGUUCUGUUUUCCAGAGGCCCUCCAGCUUGUCUAAUCAUAUGAAAAUACAUACCUAUAUCGCCGGCCGCGCAAUCAUGCAGUCCCAGGGUAGCGGUGGCGCGUCUCACUCAGCUCAGGAGACCUUCAGGAAAUGGCCCGAGGACGCGGCCGACUCGUCCAACACCUCGCAGGUUUCAUCGGUACAUCACUCGAUGCAGAGCUACGACGUAUGCCAGGUGCAGUGGCCCGUGUCGUCGUACAACUUCCAGGGCGAGCAGUCGACGGUGGCGACGAUGUCGAGUCAGCCAGAGAAGAUGGACACGCUGCAGGAGUUUACGGUUAUGUCCAAUGGCGAGGUGGCGCAGUUCGAGUACGCCGAGCAGAACAAUAUAGGCAAUCCGGCCGGCGGUCAGCAAUUCAAUCUGUCGUUGAACUCGUUCGAGGCUCACGACGGAGUGGUGAAGGUCGAGGCACUUUCCUACAACAACGAGAACAGGAAGGGCUACGUGCAGAUCGAACAGGCGAACGGUGCCAAGCAACCACAACAGGAGCAAUCGCAACAGCAGCAGCAUUAUACCUGCAAGCACUGUGGGAUCGCAUUCUCACGCGCAACCGCCUUGGCGUCCCACGAAAAAAUUCACCACGUCGCAAAGAACUGGAACAUGCCGAUCGAAUGUGAGUACUGCGACAAGCAGUUCCAGGACGGCGACCACUUGGUCACCCACCAGACCACCUGUGCAAAGAAAAUUAUGCGAAACAAUAUUGAACAAGGCGUGAGCAAUAACAAAUGGGGCAAGCACGCGUGCUCUGAGUGCGGCAAAAAGUUCACGACAAAACAGAAGAUGUUCCGCCACCAGUGGAUCCACAGGAAGAAAACACACUCGUGCGAGGUGUGUGGCGCGCAGUUCGAGAGGCAGUCGCAACUGGACGAGCACCGACUGUCGGACCAUCCCGGCGACUCGCCGCACACUUGCGCCGAGUGUGGCAAGAGCUUCGUGUCGCGCCAAGGUCUCUGGGAGCACGGCAGGACGCAUGUGGGUAGUCCGGCGCACUUCCAAUGCGACAAGUGCUCUAAAACCUUCUCGUCGCGUCAGGGCUAUCUGAUCCACAACCGUACGCACACGGGAGAGCGACCGUACGGCUGCAAGUUCUGCUGGAAAUCCUUCCGAGAUGGUGGCACUCUGAGGAAGCACGAGAGGAUCCACACCGGCGAGAGGCCGCAUGUGUGUCCGUUGUGCACGCGGGCGUUCAACCAGAAAGUAGUGUUGCGCGAACACGUACGUUGGGUGCACGCUGCGGGUAAAAACGAAACUGAGGGUAGCGAUCCGCCCUAUCGUUGCUCGCUCUGCGGCGCUCUAAACCAGGAUCGCGACGAGCUCUGCGCGCAUAUUGUCAAGCAUUCCGACCAGAUGAUAGCCGAGGCCAAAGCGAAGAGCAACGACGGCUACCCCAAGUCCAAGUUGGCCAAAAAGAAGGCCAAGCCCAAGUCGUCGUCUUCAUCUUCGUCGACAUCGUCGUGCGGCGUUAACGCGUCCGCAAACAAGCAGAAUAUGAUGGAUCACUUCAUCUCGAAAACGGAACAGAACGAGGCCCUGCUGUCGAUCACGGACAACGUCGAAAAACCAAACGACCUGCACGUCAUCAAUGACAAAUCAGCCAACGCCUACGUCGUCGUAACCACGGAGAAGCGUGGCGACGGCUUCAUCGCGAUAUCCGAGUUCAAGCACAGCAAUAUACGCUUCAUAGUCGAGGGCAAGGAGGACGAGAACAUCCAUGUACUCCAGGUGGAGCAGAAUCACCAGGACUCCCUCGAUGUAAUCGCUGCAUCGGAGGAGUGCAACGACACACAGUCGGCCACGACAGAGUCCACGGGUGGCGCACUCGACGGCACGAUCAGACGCGGUGACAUGACGACGAUGCAUCUGAUCCAAACCUCAUCCGCCAAACAGAACACUCUCAACAUCAUAUCCAAGCAGAACGAGUCGUUGCCGGUCUUGGCGAUACCGAAUCCGCAGAGUCACCAUGACUACUCCAGCCAAAUCGUACAGGUCAGCGAGGUGGACAUAGGGUCGAUGGUGACUCAUCAGGCACAGCUGAAAAGUGAGAAGAGUCGCGUCGUCAGUCAGGAGAACAGAGAUCCCUUGAUGCAGGACGACGCGCCUCAGACGGCGGUCAUCCAGGUGGUGCAGUACCAACAGCACGAGAGCGACGAGAGCGAGGACCUCACCUGCGGAAUCUGCGCGGAGGAAUUCGACGACAAGCAUAGGCUUAAGGAGCACAUCAAAAUUCAUAUAUAAUUUUCAUCGUUACACUCCGUCACUAGACUCUGUCCAGGUUUUUGAUACCGCGCAUGCCGAUAUCGCUCUAAAGUGUGUGGAACAGUAAUGAAAGUAACGCACAAUGAAUGCAAUAAUCCUUUACUGCCAGUGAUAUUCAAAUCAGAGAUCAGGAGUUCGCCUACACGCUACGAACAUUUUCGAACUAUUCGGGUAUACAUUGAAGUGCUAUAGAUUAGCUUCUGGAGAUGUGAAAAGCGAAAAGGCAAAGAGAUACGGCAGUAUAGAGCGGGACUUUGGCGUCGCCAAGUUACUGUACAUAACUUGUAAAAUAGUAUAUUUAUUGAAUUUGAGAAAUAUUAUAUACUUAUAUUGAGAAAUACUAUAUUAUAGUAAUUCUAUGUAUAUCUCUCUCUUGUCAUUUGGUUAGAUUUGUGAUUUUUGUGUUCGAAAUGUGUACAUUGCAUUCGUUCUUUUUGUGUAAGACACGUUCAGCGAAAUCAAUUCAAAGAUUCAUCCAUUCGGGUGAACACGAGGGGAAUUAUGUUUUAUAUUUUAUUAUGGGACUUUUAAACAGAGAGUUUGGUUUGUCAAUGUAUAUUCAUUGUAAUUGAUAUGGGGACAGUUUUUAAUUUUGUUAUUUCUGUGGAGCUAUUUGGAGUUCUGUAGAGUUCAAUUCUUCCCCUCUAAAAGUUUUAUUCCAUUUCUGCAAAACAAGGAGUCACUACAUGAGUAUUUAGAUACUGUUGUUUUUAUAAUUGGAUAGAUGCAAAACAGCCAGUUGUUUUUUGUACAGCGUAAAGCACUAUGAGCCAACAAACAAUCUCAGUGAUAUUUAUAUCUUUAUUCUUAUAAUCUCAAGAAGAUAUUUUUCCUGCAAAGGUUUUGUUAAGGUUUACUGUACAAAAUUAUGCUUACUAGUAUUUCAAACUUUUUUUUUCAUUUACUACUUAUUACAGUGGUACAGUACAUAAAUAUUAGUAUGAUAUAUUAUCGAGAGAGAAGUCAUGUUGUUAAAGUUAAUUCUUUACCAUAGAAUUAUCACUUCUUUUUACUAUAGAAUUAAUAAUUAUCAUCUUUUCAUAUUUCACAGUCGAACAAUGGAUUAAAGAAUGUUGCAAAUUAUUUUUACAUACAUUUAGACAAAGCAUAUGUUAAACAUAAUUCCAAAAAAAUAUGUAUAAUUAGAUUAUAAAGUUAUAUCGAGACACACGUAAACCGCGCAGCACUCUUUAAAACGAUUUACAUAUCGUGGGGAAAUAAAAAGGAAUCUACAAUCAGAUACAUUACAGUUUUGUUUCAUACGUUGCCCUAUGAUUAAUAUAUAAUUUUUAUUAAACCAGCAGACUGUCAUUAUAGAGAUAUCCUAGUACAGGAAUCCAAAUGGCAUUGACACUGUAAAACAUACAAGGUGCAAUCAAAACUAAUAAAACGCAUUUUAUUUUGUAAAA